AUGUUAAGGCAAAACACUAAUGCAAGAACCUCCUAACUCAAAGUAAAUACUCCAUUAGGUCAAGAAAAGGACAAGACCAUCAUUAAACUUAAGUAAACAGAAGAUGAAGUUCUACUAUAGUCACCUAAGAAUGAGCAAAUGAUGAGUUUAAAUAAAGCUAGGUAGGAACUAAUAGGAAAAGAUCUUAAAAACUUUGAGGUUAUGGACGGUAUUUAUUAAAAGGUUAGAAAUAAAACAAAUGAGAAUCUGCACAAAUUAGAUGGAAUGUUGCAUAUUUAGGCUAAAGAACUCUACUAUGAUAAGAAGGCUGACAUAUAUUAACUGUUGAAAGAUAAAAAGAAAGCAGAUGAGGAUGAUAUUUAGAAGUUUUUAGAAAUGAAUUAAGUACCGAUUAACUACAGAUAGGAGUAAGAGCAAGAAAUUAAGAGGAUAUGCAAAGAAUUCAAUAUUGAUCUCAAAUCGAUGAGAUUACCUUAUAGAGAAAAAAUCCGUCAGAUUUGCAAUAACUUCUCAGCUUUCUAUCGUUAUAAGAAAGAUUAAAGAGAGAUAUUGGACCAAAAUCUUUUGAAAAAUAGCGAGUAUGUUGAGACAAAUAUGAUGAACGAAGAAUAUUUAAGAGUGCUAAUGCGAGUUUAAUACAUAGGAGAGCACUCCCUUACUGAGUAAGAAUAAAUUCUGUUUAGAAAGCUGAAAGACCUCAGAAAGUUGAACAUUAGUCUUGAUAAGAGAUAGGAAUUCUAUCUGAAUCAGUUUGAAAAGAAGAAAAAACUAUAGGAGGAUAGAUAACUGCAAUUAUAGUAAAUACUUGCGGAGAAAAUGAAAAAGAAAAAACCAUUUAAACUUAGUGAUUUUAAAAACAAAUCAUAGCAACAGGCAAAUGGUCUUCCAAUAGAGGACCUUAACGAUUCAAUGGAGAGUCUAACUAUUAAUACUUCUUCUACAGGUGGAAACUCUCCAAAACUAGCAAAUGCAAAGGAAAGUAGCAAAAAUUUAUACAAGAGCAUGGAAUAAAAAUUGUAAGUAACUUCUCCAAUCAAAAUAGAUGACAGGAGUAAAUUUAGAAUCGAUCAUUUUGAUACUAAUAUGAGUACAAAUGACUCUGGGUUAUCAAAAGUUAAAUAAUUCCAAAAUGCUCGGAACCUAAACUUUAAAUCUUAGGAUCAUAGUAAAUAAUUCAUAGAAAUCUAAGUUAAUGACACUUAAAAUGAGCCAAGAUCUAUAAACCAACUUCCUUAAAUAAAAAAGUUAAAUUUGGAUGGGGCAUUUACAACUACAAACCAAAGUAUUAGUAAUUAAAAAAGAGGUACAAGGAAUUAAUAAAAUGAAAAGACCUUUAUUUCUUUAAUGAGAUUUCCAGGAGAUACAUCUGCUAGAACAAAUGAAUAAUCAACUGACAGGUAAACAGCAGCAUAUACACAUACUUAAAAUUCACAUUUAGAUACAAGUGUGGCCUACAAAAAGUAUGUUUAAUCUUAGCAAAACUCUCCUAGGCAAAAAAGGGUUCAGACUAUCGAUUAAAUGCUGAGAAGGAAACUAUAACCAAUUAGAUUAAGCCAAGAUUAAUAAUCAAUCAUUGAAAAUCGAGAUAGAAAAUAUUCUGCUGCUAUUAAAGAAAGAUAUAUAUAGAGUUAGGCAAUCACUAGGGAUAACAGUUUAUAAAAGCUUGGCACUUAAUAAUCAAAUGACAUCCAGCAGCUGAACAAUGAUGAUUAAUCCUAGCUCUAAUAGCAAUCAACUUAAGUUCCCUAGUUUAAUGAGUAGCAAUCUUAAUCUAUAUUUGAAGAAGAAAAGGUUAUUGACAAAAAUAAAUUAAUAAGAUAAUUGAUAUUUAACAAUCCCCCAAAUGUCAGAGCUGAUUUCCAGAGGAUUAAGAGAAAUAUUGAUAAAAAUCACUAAAAUAGAUUAAGUCCAUUAUAUGAUAAGAGAAGAGGGCUCUAACGAGUAGAGUUUAAAGAAAAAACACCUACACUUAAUGAUGACGAUAUUAAGAGGCUAUUAAGACUUUAUCCACCCUCAAAAAUUGAAAACGAAAAGAAAGCUGAGUUAGAGAUCUAAAAGGAGCGUAAGUGGCAAAGAAAGCAACUUGAAAGCAUUCUAAAAAAUGUAGACAAGAUUGAACACUAGAAUAAAACAGAGAAAGAUAAAAUAAUAUACUAGAUGCUUAUUCAAAAUAUAAAAGACGAUGAAUUUAUGAAAACAGUGGAAAAAUUGAAAGAAAUUGAUUUUGCUGAAAGCGUCGUUCUAUAGACUCUUUUCGAGUAUAAACUCAAGGAUGAACAUGAUUAAGCUGAUUUAGCAAAUGAGGUUGCAAAGGAGUAUCACUCUGGAAAGCUUGAUCCUUUAUUGGCUUUGAGGAUUGAGAGGAAAAAUAAGAUGAAGCAAAAUUAGAAAAUUUAAAAGGGUCUAAAAAAGGUGAACUGA